AUAAAAGUAGGUACCGUGAGUUCUAAUUGUCCAAUCAACGCUUUCUUCAUUUCAGAAUUGUAUUGCUUUGUAAAAAUUCAAGUCCCAUCUGCCAAAUAGAACAAUAUUUUAUGCGUCCGACUGGGAUCAACUUUUUCCAGAGUAAUUUUUAUCUGCUUUUUGAUUUUCUUUCAUCCAUUUAUGCCAUUUUUGAGCUAUACUUAGAUAAUUUUGGAAAAUUUAAACCUUUCAUAGAUCUUUCAGUUUUUCGCUCAGCCAGCUGAAAUUUUUCAUGAGCCACCCUGAAAAAUCUUCUCACUUUAAGUACUUAAAAAAUGAGCAAAAUCGUUAAAAAAUCUUGAAUUUUUAUGAUUUUUGUUUUAUGUAAAUACCUAUCACUAACCUAGCAAAGAAGUAUUCUAAAUUACAUUCGUUAGCCAAUGACCAUUCAUUUUUCUUCAGUCAUUCACAACAAAACAUCGAAAUCCAUUUAUUAUAGACAUUUGCAAAAUUUUUAUAAUCCCAUGAAACUGUUCAAAUUAAACUUUCCGUUAUCGCCCUCAAAUUACUGAAUUAGUAUACGUAAUUCAGUAAAUAUAAUUCACUCGACUUUGGAUUCGAUUCGCUCGCGUAUUUUAAUGCACCAAUUUAUUUUUUUGCAAAUACCUGAAAAACAUGUUCGAAGCUCAUUAUGUAGCAGUAAAACUAAACCAAAUUAUGUAUUUACAAUGUUAUUUUUAAUAUUUAAUUACUUACGCGUAUAAGUAUUUUUAAUUCAUUAUUAACUUCAUUGAACGCACGUUUGAUCGAGAGUUGAAUUUUUUAUUGAGACGUGGUUUUUGUCACUCAAGUCAUAAAUUUUUUUUGUCAUUUGCAUUUGGCUACAAAAAAUUGAUAGAAAUUUUUAGGCCUACCUACCUGGCAGAUUAUUUUGGCACCAUUAACUAUGACAAUCCAGUACGUACGCGAGAUGCAGAUGUCCGAUGUGGAGAAUUUUUACGCUGGUAAAACGAUAUUCAUCACAGGUGUUACUGGUUUCUUGGGACAAGUGUUGCUCUCAAAGUUAUUAUGCUCGUGUCCAGAUUUUCGGUGCAUUUACAUUUUAAUCAGAGAGAAAAAAGGAAAACUCAUUCAUGAAAGGUUCAAAGAAAUCUUCGAUAGCUCGAUUUUUCGACCUGCGAAAAAACUGAAUCCCAAUUAUGAAACGAAAAUAAAGCUGAUAAAAGGAGAUUGCUGUCAACGUAAUUUAGGUGUUUCGGAAGCUGAUCAAGUGAUUAUCGAAAACGAAGUGGAAAUAAUUUUUCACGCCGCUGCUACCGUUAGAUUCGAUGCUGUCUUACGAGAAGCUGCAUAUAUUAAUAUCCGAUCCACCAAUGCAUUACUCAAUAUAGCAAAAAAUAUGAAAAAUUUGAAAGCUUUUAUGUACGUUUCUACGGCAUUUUCAGCGUGUGCCGAAAGAGAAUUAAUCGAAGAAAAAUUCUACGAUCCGCCUAUAAGAGCUCAUAAUUUAUUAACAUUAGUAGAACAACUCAACGACACGAUCCUAGACAGAAUAACACCAGAAUUAAUAAAACCUCAUCCCAAUACGUACAUUUAUACUAAAAUAAUCGCUGAAAAUUUAUGUCGUGAUAGAGGUGCUCAGAUUCCAAUAUGUAUUUUCAGACCAUCAAUUAUUGCUCCUUGUUACAAAGAACCUGCACCUGGAUGGAUCAAUAAUUCUUAUGGUCCUGUUGGAGCUAUCGUUGCUUAUGCAUUGGGUAGCUUAAAAGUGGCCCGUGCUAAUGGAUAUUAUAAAGCUGAUAUGGUACCUGGCGAUUACGUUGUAAAUGCUUUGAUCGUUUUUCAGCAUUUUUUUAUCAUACCGGAGCCAUUUUUAAAUUUCUCAAUAAGUAGGAUGUGUGCUUACCUUGGCAUUUCAUCCGGUUGUGGUUUCAGCGAGAAUAAAUCGAAAUCAGAGGAAUGGAAAUUUGAUGUACCCAUAAUUAAUAACUACAGCAAUAGCACUACCAAGUUUACAUUUACGUGGGCAAGUUUUAUUCACGAAUGUGAUAAGGCUUUAGAGAAAUAUCCUUUUCACAAUAGUGUAACUUUGCCAAUGUUAAAACUGAAAAAUAAUCCAAUUACUUAUCGAUGUAUGACCGCUGUGCUUCAUUCGUUUCCAGCUUUUAUAAUUGACACAAUCUUGAAUGUUUUGGGUAAAAAACCAAAGUUUGGAAAGCUGUAUGAAAAAAUGCAUAAACUUUUCGAUCUCCUGACUCAUUUUAGUACAAAUGAAUGGGUUAUACCGAGCGAUAAUGUCAAUGAAAUGUGGAGAAAAUUAUCUCAGAAAGAUAAAGACACAUUUUACUUCAAUUUAGAUGAUUUAAACACAGAAGAAUAUUUUGGAACUUAUAUUCGUGGUUUACGUUUGUACAUCGCCAAUGAAGAAGAACACACUCUAAAAAGUGCUAUUAAAAAAAGGAGAAUAUUUCUCAUAUUGCAGUAUUUGAUUAUCGCGAUUGUUAUUCUGAUAUUUUUAUAUGUGUUGGCAUGUUUACUCUUUUAAUAAGCAAAUUUCCAAUUCGUAAUAAGAUGGACUUCAUUUUCGAUGCUCGUGGGCAUAUUCGUUCGCAAUGCAAAAAUUUCAUCGGAUUACUCAAGAUUUAUAAUGUAUAUACCUACCUACUGUGAGUCUGUGAGGAAUGAAAAAAUUUCCGAAGAGUGUUAUUGAUGCGUAGUCUUGUCUAGUUACUUACCUAAAUUAAAUGAUGUAGGUCUAGGUACCUGCUUCGUAGACCAACUGUUUUUAUUUUAUAAAUUAUUUUUACAAAUAAAAUAAGUAGGUAACUAUACCUAUAUGUA